AGCUGGGAGGAAUUGCGCAGCCGGCGGGCGUGACGUCGGCAGCAGCGAGUGGAAUCUCUGGGUAGAGUUUGAGACGUAGUGUAACAGAUUCGGGAUGAGUUUCUGGGGCUUUAGCUCUCGGAUCAGGGUGAGAGCACUUUCUAGACUGCAGAUUAUACAGAAACAUCUGAUGUCUGCAAGUACCAGUUCGGACAAGGAAGUGCUCUUAACAAGGUCUGGAUGUGCUGGGAUAAUCACACUCAAUCGGCCAAAGGCCCUUAAUGCUCUGAACCUCCCCAUGAUCAGGCAGAUCUACCCCCAGCUAAAGGAAUGGGAGCAGGACAAUGAAACUUCGUUAGUCAUUAUUAAAGGUGCAGGGGAAAAGGCUUUCUGUGCCGGAGGUGACAUUAGGGCUGUCACUGAGGCAGGAAAGGUUGGAGACAGACUGGCAGAAGAUUUCUUCAGAGAGGAAUACAUUCUAAACAAUGCAAUCGGAAGCUGCAAGAUACCAUACAUUGCACUUAUUGAUGGAAUAGUGAUGGGAGGGGGUGUUGGGUUAUCAGUGCAUGGACAUUUCCGGGUGGCCACUGAGAAAACGUUGUUUGCUAUGCCAGAGACAGGAAUAGGUCUGUUCCCAGAUGUAGGAGGAGGUUACUUCUUGCCAAGACUGGAAGGGAAACUUGGCCUGUUCCUCGCCUUAACAGGAUUUAGAAUGAAAGGAAGAGAUGUACAUAAAGCUGGAAUUGCUACUCAUUUUAUUAAAUCUGAGGAGAUUCCAGCUUUGGAGAAAGAUUUGGUAUCUCUAAGGUCGCCUUCAAAAAAAGAUGUUGCAGAUCUGUUAAACUCAUAUCAUUUCAAGUGCAAAGCUGAUGAUAAAUUUACCCUAGUGGAUCACAUGGACAAGAUUAAUAGGCUGUUUAAAACCAACAGUGUGGAAGAAAUAAUGGAAAAUCUGAUACAAGAUGGAAGUCCAUUUGCACUUCAGCACUUGGAGGAUCCAUCUGCUGACAGAAGCCUCGAUCAUCCAUUUCAUGCUGUUGUUUUCAGUGCACUUACCACCAGUUUCCUCAUAAGGACAGAUCAAAUUUUGAAGAAAAUGUCUCCUACAUCCAUGAAGAUCACUUUUCAGCAGCUCGAAGAGGGAGCUAGGAAGAACUUGUCAGAAGUUUUAAUAAUGGAGUACAGACUUAGCCAAGCUUGCAUGAGAGGCCAUGAUUUCUACGAAGGGGUGCGAGCAGUGCUGAUUGAUAAAGAUCAAAGCCCAAAGUGGAAGCCGGCGACUCUGGAAGAAGUAACAGAGGAGUACCUGAGUAGCUGCUUUAAGUCACUUGGAGCUAAAGAACUCAAGUUGUGAAUAGAUUAAUGGUUUUAGUGUUUCGGAGUCAGCUGUGUUUCCUUUUGUCUUCAAAUACUUUAGCAUACUUUUUGGUAAAUGAUGUAUUUAUCGGGUGAAAAUUAGGUACCAGCAUAAUAAAUAUGAGGGAAAACAUUGUAUUAUUUGGUGACAGCAGCUACCAAUAAAUAACAACUUGUGUAUGUAUAAUAUUUAUAGAACUGUUGCCAUGCAAGAGUUGGAGGGAUGGUAUCAGGAGGAUCGACCAAAAACUUGCAGAGGGUUGAGCUUUAAUGAGGGCCUUAGAGUUGGAGGAUAAGGAAUGGAACUCCACAACAUUGGAGAAGAAAUAUUUCACUUUGAUAUGGAAGAAACUGCAUUUUUUAUUUCAAUCUUGGGACAUGGGUAUCACUACUAGAGCUAUGUAUAUUCCCGUCAUAAAUGAUUGGCUAUUUCAGAAGGCUGUUUGUAAUCAAUCUGUGGGUCUGGUGUAUUAUGUCCAUGCUCCAGUUCGGUUAAGAAUGUUGGAUUUUCUUUGUUUAGCUUAUAGCUAUCUGAUGACCUACUUCAGAUCCCAUGAUAUGAUUCAAACUUGCCUCUCUGGAUUGACAGCCCAAAUCGAUACGUGUCAAAUAACUACCAUGCUAUUAGACCUUUGUGUAUGCUAUUGCAUUGAUCAAAUAUUGUGAAGCUAUCUGCAGUAACAGAAGCUGUGAGAUCUGGGAUGUUUGUCAAGUUCCCAGAUGUUGUUUAUUUUAUUCAGUCCUUCAUUUGUGUUGGGCUGCAUUUGAACUUCCUCCUCUUCUUUGUCUCUUGUUAUAACUUAGUGCAAUAUUUUUGCUGUUACUCUGCUGCAUCUGAUUUCCAUUGUUGAAGAGGAGAGUCAAAAUAGUGUCAGUACGCAGGAAAGUAAACAUGAAGAAAAAUCAAAAUCUAUCCAUUUCACCUUCUUUCAUCCACCAGUCUUGCAGUAUAGUGAUCAUGUAUUCAACCUUCACUUUGAUUUUUGUUCAAUUGUAUAGUUUCCUACCGAAAGGUGAUACAUAAAUUCAAAAUACUUGAUUUUAUUGAAUUAUAAAUUUCUGAUUUUUCUUGCUGGAAUGACUCCUAUUCAGCAUUAAGGCAACCAUGGUGCUAGUUUCUAGGUAUCCCUAAGUAAACUGUUGCUAACCCAUAAGAGUAAGUUCCCAUGGAAAAAGAAACAGGAUAUGGAAUGAACCCAUUCACGAUUGAUUCUGAACUGUUUUUGAAAUGGAGGUAUAAAACUUUAAUUUAAACACACACAUUUCAUCCCCCUGAAAAUAGUUAUUUUUAUUUUCCAUUUAUGGGAUAUAUGCCUCUCACAGGUGCAUAUCCUUAAUUGUCCUUGAGAAAGUAGUUAUAAUCUACUUUUUUUUCCAAUCUCUGUUUUCUAGUAGAACUAUUGGAUGGAAGUUCCGAAAUGUUGACCCAGCCAUGACUAAAGCAAUCACAGGUUGUCGGUCUGGUUUUAUUUUCUUUACCUUUUUUUGCAGCAAUUUGACAGUAUUGUGACUUAAUUGGCCAUUUCAGAGGACAGUUAAGAUUCCUCAGCAUUGCUUUGUGUUGAUUAUCAAUAUACACAAAAGCAGAAUUUGAGUCAGUAAACAAGAUUGGUACCUAUAUUAUUGAUUUGCAUUUCCAGCUGCAUUGGUGAGACUAGAACUCGUGUCCUGAGACCAAGUCUGAUUGAAAUUAAAGAUAAAAUAUGGAACAUAAGUUAAAUCACACAAUUGUUUGUAUUUUUCUAAUCCAUUUGCUGUAAUUAAGUGAAAAUCCCCAUGUCUCAUUAUUAUUUAAAAAUAUGACUUAAUCAUGAUUCUUCAGACUAGUGCUACAUUCAUUCAGUACUGUUUAAUUUAGCAAUAAUUAUUUUUAAAUUGUUAUUCCGGAUAAUUAGUGAAAUGCUUUGUUUGUAAUGUUGCCUUUGAUAGGAAUAUUAUUAUUUGUCUUAAAAGUAAAUUGAUUGUAAGUAUCACAUUGCGCAACUACCAUUUUCUGAGUUUGUUAAUACAGUUUACUGCGGCAUAAUGGCAAUCAGUGGAUUUUACAAGUUACUUAAAUGACAAAUAAAUGAAACUAUAAAAUAUGCAUUAUAUGUUUCAAUUUUUUAGAUGUGCUGUUUGAUUAAAAUUGUUAUAAUGCAAACUGUACUACUAAGUUGCAUAGCAAAAAUAAAGCUAUCUAAGCUUGA